AUGGGGGAUGAUGUGGACGUGGGUGGCAAGAUCGACAGCCUGCGCGAGUUGGGCAUCUGGCCAAAGAUUGCCGAAGGUGACAUCCACUUGGUGACGCGGAGAGAUGUGCUGGAGCUGUUCCGUGUCCUGGAUGAUCGUCGAAAAGGAACCAUCCAAACAACAGACUUGAUGACUCUGCAGGCCGUGGACGUGGUAAAGCUGACCGAGUCCGAGCUGAAGGCUUUGGCCAAGGAUGCAGACCGCGAUGGCAAUGGCUAUUGUACAGUAACUCGGCUCAGAAUCUCCUCUCAUCAGUUUUUCGCGAUCUCUACACCGGAACUCCAUCCCCUGGUCGGAAUGGGAACGGUGAAGCAUGUCAUCAGAAUGUGCUACCUUUUGGGUGCGACACAUUCGCUGCCUCUGUUCCGUUCCUUGUCCUAUUGGAUCUCUUCAUAA